GCGCUCUGCUGCGUCGACUCCGCUUCGUUCGGUCUCCCCGACGAGCGUUUUCCUUCAGUAAUCACGUGUGGUGUUGGUGUGCGGUUCACGCACGCCGAAUUUGCUUUGGCCUUCGCGAUGCCUGCCAUGACGUGGUUCAAUCGCCAGUGGCGCUUUGCCUCCGACGACUUCGCCCUCUCCAGCAUGCUCUACACAGCGCUGCUGAUCGGUAGCGGCGUGAUGCUCGCCACCCGCGCCAGCACCUCCUCGGACAACUACCUGAACGGGUGCGAUGGCGCCUCGGUGGAGUGGGGCCGCUCCACGAUGGGUCUGAUGGGUGCCAACUUCGUCUCUGCGGUGCUGUUCCUCUGCACCUGCGCCUUUUGCUUUCGUGGGGGCGUCUUUGAGCUCUCGAAGCGGGAGGCGGUGUCGGUGCUGCUUUACCUUGACACCGUCUGCGUCUGCUGCCUGUGUGUGUUGGCGCUGCUCAGCGCGAAGUACGCCAUCUACGACGGUGAGGCGCGACGCUGCCGGCGGGCCUCGACACGGCACAUUUUUCGUGGCGCCAUCGUGAUGGACUUAAUCAUCUUCGCCGCCUUUGUCGUGUCCAUCGCCCUCGCCUACGACCCGAGCGGCACCCACGUCCUGCGGAACAACAGCGACUACGCGAAUGUGUGGUGGAAGCGGCUGCGCAUUUGCUGUUGUCGGUGCGGUAAGCGGAACGAGACGGAGGACGCGUACAGCGACCUGGCCCAGGUCCUGGCGGCUGCCUUCCGUGGCUACGACAUCGUGCCGAGCGACAUAGCGGCGGGUAUGUUCUUGCUGCAUGGCUACCAAGAGCGGUCCCGCCGUCUGCUGUCCGCCAAGGUGCACUACGCGCCGAAUCCAAACGGGUACGUGGAGCACGUCUCGUCACAGGCCCGACUGGCGCUGCGGCUGACCCCGCCUCAGGUUGCCUUGGCCCGUGAGCUGCAGUACUACAGUCGCUUCUACAUGGCCGCCUACGGCUGGCUGCUUUUCACCUUCCAGCACUGCCUUACGGGUGUGCCGCGGCUGUGCUGCUUUGACCCAUGGAUGAGCUGUCGCAGUCGCCCGGGCCGGCACGUCGAUCAGUGCUGCUACUGCGACGUCACCGCUCUGCUGCACGAGACGAUGGUGCCUGAGGAGGACGUGCUGUACACGAACUGGCGCAACAAGGUCUGCCAACCCGUCCACUACGUCGCCUUUGAUCGCAGCAGUGACGCGCUCAUCAUCGCGAUCCGUGGCAGCAUGUCGCUUCAGGACUGCGUGACGGAUUUCGCGGCGACGCCAGAGGUGAUUACGUUAGACGGCGCCGAGGAGAAGCACCCUCCGAGUGAGUACUACGUGCACGGUGGCAUGCUCCGCAGCGCGCGAUUUGUGCUCGAGAACUUGCGCCAGCAAGGCAUUCUGCACGUGAUCCUGCGUGGACGUUACUCAUCGAAGAAGUUGGUGGUGCUGGGCCACUCUCUCGGUGCCGGCGUCGGGCUGAUCCUGUCGGCGCUGCUGUGGUCUGAUAAUCCGUCGCUGCGUGGCCGCCUGCGGUGUUUCGCCUACUCGCCUCCCGGAGGCACGCUGUCACGCGCCGUGAUGGAGUACGAGAGCAGCUUCGCCGUUGGCACCUCGCUGGGCUACGAUAUGGUCCCGCGACUCGCGCAGCACACCUUCGACUCCUUCCGCGAAUCUAUCUUUGAUCUUCUCGCCGCGUCGUCCAUGAACAAGAACGUCAUCUUCUUCAACGUGCUCCGCACGCACGCCAUUGUCAAGCCAAUCCACCCGUCGACCGCCGAGCCGGCGCAGGAGCGACAUGGGGUGGAGAGCGCCUCCUACCGCGAGUCGCUGCGCUUCUCGCCGUGCGUGCCGAAAAAGGAAACGUUGAAGCUAUUCAGCUGCACCACCACCAUCCAUCUUAUGCGAACGGUGCGAGUGAGUCGGUGCACGUGCUGCCCGGCGUGCUGCACCUUCUACACCGACGAGUUUUUUAUUCCGGUGAUCCGCGGACCCGAGGAGGUGCAGAUGCUCAUGUCGUCGCCGACGAUGUUCACUGAUCACUUCCCGGAUCGAUACUACCGCAUCAUGAAGAGGGCGCUUGAGCAGCUCAACCGCGGGGAGUUGGAUCGCUUUUACGUGGACAGCCUUCCUGAGCCGGACCCGCUGGGCACCGAUGUGGCACCGAUGGACUUCCAGCCUCUGCGGCCGCAUUCAGACGUGCAAAGCCACUCACGACACGGAGCUGAGGUGUAG